AUGGGCUACCAAAGUGUAUCUAAUGAACUCGUACAUUUGACAGAAAAUGAAGCUAUUGGAUUUUUACGGCAAGAGUCGGGCUUUGCAACAAAAGCCAUCCACAGUGGAUAUAGACCGGAACAAUUGUUAUGCCGGUCGAUAGUUGCACCGAUAUAUAUGUCUACAUCAGUAUCAUCAGCAUCCUUGUCCCAAAAUGAUAAUAAAGGCAAUGAAUUACAAAAUACAGAAAAUCCCACAAGAAUAAUUCUUGAACAGACAUUGGCAGCACUUGACAAUGGUAAAUAUGCACUAGUAUUUCCAUCUGGCACAGCCGGUCAAAGCUGUUUGAUGGCAAUGCUUAAAGCAGGCGAUUCAAUAUUAUGUGGAAAUAAUAUUUACACUGGAACAAUUGAAUUGUUUAGAGAGACUGGAGUUGAUAUAGGACUAGAAGUAGAUUUUGUUGAUAUGACUAAGCCUGAUGAGGUGAGAAAGGCACUAAAGUCCAAUACAAAAAUGGUAUGGGUGGAGACACCAAGCAAUCCUAUGAUGCUCAUAACGGAUAUAAAGACAAUUGCUGAUAUCGUACACAAAGAGAGUAAUGCUAUUGUUGUUGUUGAUAAUACACCAUCCAGUUGCUAUUUUCAAAGGCCCUUAGACUUCGGAGCGGAUGUUGUGUCAUAUUCCAUAACCAAAUUCAUGAAUGGCCACAAUGAUGUUGUAAUGGGAAGUAUCUCGACCAACAGUAAAGAGCUUUAUGAGAAAAUUAAAUUUACUCAACAAAUAACUGGCAUUUGGCCUUCACCCUUCGAUUGUGCAUUAGUGAUAAGGAGUUUAAAAACUUUGGCAUUAAGAAUGGAACGACAUUCCUUAAAUGCUUUACUGAUUGCUAAAUUUUUAGAGCACCAUUCACGUGUCAGUGGUGUUUUACAUCCCGCCCUUGCGACUCAUCCUCAGCACAAACUCGCCUUAUCUCAAUGUUAUGGCCAUGGAGGGAGUUUAUGUUUUUACAUAAAAGACGCAAAAUUGGAUGAGACAAAAAGAUUUUUAAAGCACUUGAAAGUUUUUAUGUGGGCUGAUAGUUUAGGUGGAUGUGAAUCAUUGGCACAAGCCCCACUUUUAUGGUUCGUCGUUCCGACAUCAUUCUCAGAUGAAGAAGUACAUGAUUUGGGAUUUUUAGAGAAUUUAAUUCGUCUAUCAUGCGGUUUAGAGGAUCCCGAGAUAUUAAUCGAGGAUUUAAAUCAGGCGUUAAAUGCUCUGUGA